AUGAGAGCUCAUCGCUCUCUCUUUCUCUGCCUUUUUUGUGCCCUUGCCACCGUCAGUUUAGUUCACGGCCAAAGCCAAACAGGUUAUAUCAGCAUCGAUUGUGGAGCACCUCUUAAAGGUAUCGAGAGAGACAUUGUCACUGGUAUCAGCUACACCUCCGACGAUGAUUUCAUCACCGCCGGCGUAAACUUCAACGUCUCUGAAGAAUACAAUUACCCUGCAAACCCUAACUUACCCUACGUUCUUGCUGAUUUAAAAGCCUUCCCUCAAGGAAACAGAAACUGUUACUCCUUAAAACCUUCAGAUGCAAAAGACAGCCUCUACCUCAUCAGAGCUUCUUUCAUGUACGGAAACUACGACGGUGGUGUCAACGAAAAGGCCUUGCCCGAGUUCGAUCUUUACCUGAACGUGAACUUCUGGUCGACAGUGAAGUUCAAGAACGCUUCUGAGCAAGUCUUUAAAGAGAUCCUGACCUAUACAGAGUCAGAGUUUUUAUACGUUUGCCUUGUGAAUAAAGGUAAAGGAACUCCUUUUAUCUCAGGCUUGGAGCUAAGGCCAGUGAACAGCUCAAUCUACAAUACUGAAUAUGGAAGAAACCUCUUAUUGGUGCUAUACCGAAGAUGGGACAUAGGAUACUUGAACGGAACAGGACGGUACCAAAACGAUGUGUAUGAUCGUAUCUGGUCUCCUUACGCUCCACUCUCUUGGAGUUCAAUCAAGACAACAGGGUAUAUCGAUGUUUUUCAGAGUGGUUAUAUGCCUCCUGGUGAAGUUAUCAAGACAGCUGCUUCGCCUAAAAGCGAAGAUGAACCAAUGGAACUGUCAUGGACAUCAGAUGAUACAAAUGCUACGUUCUACGCAUAUCUUUACUUUGCGGAGUUUGAAACUCUGGAGACUAAUGAGAGUAGGAAGAUGAAGAUAUUGUGGAACGGUUCCCCUUUUUCAGAAGAUUCUUUUAUUUCUCCUUUUGAGUAUUCAACGACUUUGUCUGCUUCAAGAUCUUUCACUGGUGAUCACUUGAUAUCUCUUCAGAAGACGGCAGAUUCAACACUUCCACCUAUUCUCAAUGCCAUUGAGAUCUUUACAGCGCAGUCUCUAGAUGAAUUCUCCACCGCAAUAGAAGAAGUUCAAGCAAUGGAAACCAUAAGAUCUACUUAUAAAGUUAAGAAAGUUUGGAGUGGUGAUCCUUGCGCUCCAAGGCUAUACCCUUGGGAAGGUAUUGGAUGCAGCUACAACAAUAACAAUCAUCGUAUCAAGUCUCUGAAUCUUAGCUCAAGCGGGUUACAAGGACCAAUCGGAAUGGCGUUUAGAAAUCUCUCCCUUCUUGAGUCAUUGGAUUUAUCUAACAACGACCUACAACAUAAUGUUCCUGAGUUUUUGGCUGAUCUAAAACAUUUGAAAUCACUGAACUUGAAAGGAAACAACUUCACUGGGGUAAUCCCAAAAUCUCUUAUGAAAAAAUUUCAGGAGGGUUUACUUGCACUCAGGGUGGAUGACAAAAACCUUUGUACCUCAAGCUCAUGCCAAGAAAAGAAGAAGAACAACAUGGUUGUGCCAAUAGCUGUAGCCACAUCAGUGAUCGUCCUCCUUGUGGUUUUGGUGAUCAUAUGGAUCACACUAAGGCAAAGAAAAAGAGGACCAGGACCGUUCCUGUUGCCUUCAGGGAAGAGAAGGUUCACAUAUGAUGAAGUCUCUAGCAUUACAAACAACUUCAAUAAAGUAAUAGGUAAAGGAGGGUUUGGUAUUGUGUACCUCGGUUCCCUAGAAGAUGGGACUAAAAUUGCUGUAAAGAUGAUUAAGGAUUCUUUAUCUACAAUGCCUAAUGGAACAUCAUCAUCUUCAUCAUCAACACGAGCUUCCAAAGAGUUCCAAGUCGAGGCAGAGCUUCUUUUGACAGUCCAUCACCGGAACUUAGCAUCGUUUGUUGGUUACUGCGACGAUGAACGUAGUACGGCUCUCAUAUAUGAGUACAUGGCCAAUGGAAACUUGCAAGAAUAUCUUUCAAGUGAGAAAGCAGAGGAUCUUAGCUGGGAGACGAGACUCCAUAUAGCCAUUGACGCUGCACAAGGGUUGGAGUAUUUGCACCAAGGUUGCAGGCCACCAAUAAUACAUAGAGAUGUCAAAACAGCAAACAUUCUGUAAAACGAUAACUUGGAAGCCAAGAUUGCUGAUUUUGGGGUUUCUAAGGUCUUCCCUGACGACGAUCUCACCCACGUAGAGACUGCUGUCAUGGGCACUCCCGGCUACAUUGAUCCUGAAUACUACAGAACGUUCAUGUUGAAUGAGAAGAGCGACGUGUACAGUUUCGGAAUCGUGCUUCUUGAACUCAUCACCGGUCAGCGAGCUAUCGUGAGAACAAAGGAAGGAGAAAAAAUAAGCGUCAUCCACUUCGUCGAGCCUUUCUUGGAGACCGGAGAGCUUGACGGCGUCGUGGACCCGCUGCUUCAUGGAGACUACUCAUUGGACUCGGCAUGGAAAUUUGUGGAGGUGGCAAUGUCUUGCGUCAGAGAAAGAGGGUUUAACAGACCAGCAAUGAACCAGGUCGUGUCUGAGCUACAACAGUGCUUAGCUGCUGAGCUGGCUCAUGAGCCAGAGAGAUCAUCAAAAGGAAAUGGUGACAGAGAAGUAGACUAA